CAAUGAGCUUAAACCGUAGUUAUUUUCAAGACGUUUUGCGCUCAAGAGGGAGAAAGUAUCACUAAAACAAGACAGAAACUUAAUUCCUUUACCUUAUCAUGUCUCACAACGGCUUUUAUUAUUCAGAAAAGUACUGCGACGACCUUUAUGAGUACAGGUUUGUAUUGUGUUCUGAAUACAUAACUAGAAAUCUACAGAAUAUUUACCGCCAUUUCAGGCAUGUUGUGGGACCGAAAAACAUUGGAAAAAUGAUAACGAAAGCCAAGCUUUUAACGGAAGCUGAAUGGAGAAAACUAGGGGUACAGCAGAGUCAGGGUUGGGAACAUUAUGCAGUUCAUAAUCCAGAGCCCCAUAUUCUACUUUUUCGUCGUCCCUUGACCCACCCGAAUGCCGGACCGAAGAAAAUUGAAGGCAAUUAAACUUUGUGAAAGAUCAAUUCUCGGACUAUUCGUUUUAUGUGUUUUCCCAUUCUUUUGUAUUUAUCCAUUGCGUAAAUUACAAUAGAUAAUUUGCUGCUGUAAAGAAAUUGUAUGUUUUAAGUUAAAUCCGUAAGAUGGCAUUACUUUUCUAUUUCUCCUCUGGUGUUUGAAACCCGCUGGCACCACUCGUCAGCCGGAAGAAUGCUUAUGGAAUGUUUAGUUAGUACGAGGCUACAAGCGUAGACUGACUAAAGCGCGUUUUCGGUGCAUUUCGUUUUACAGUCAAAAAUAAAAAGAAAUAUGAAUCCUUCUCGUCAAGUUAUUGAUGUAGAACUACAUAAAGGCUCACCUUCGGAUCCAUGGGGAUUUCGGCUACAAGGGGGAUACGAUUUUCCUAACCCUCUAUCCGUUCAAAGAAUCAAUUCGAAUAGUGUUGCUGAGCAAUAUGGGCUAAAGGAAGGAGAUGUUGUAUUGGCUAUUAACGGACUUUCAACAGAUAACAUGACACAUGAAAUGGCAAAAAGAGAAAUAUUGAAUGGGGGAUUAAAUUGUCUCUUUAGAGUGGAACGUUCUGUUGUGACAACUUGGAAGCCCCAAGUUGAAAUACUUCACGCUGGAAAAGAUUUUCUGGAUAAUAAUCAAAUGGUUCAAAAGACAUCUCUUGCUAGAGAUGCCCCUCAAGUAAAUAAUAAUAUUGGAUCUGGUCAUAAUCGCAGUGCAAAACCUUUUCCCAGCAAUAUGGGAUUAGUGAACAAUCAGUACAAUUCACCUCUUGGCUUGUAUUCAAAUUCGAACGUUGACGAUGUUUUGGAUGCGACGGCCGAUGCUCACGCGAAUAAUCUUGUGAGUACAAACCCAAAUGGUAACAGUCAAGAAGCGAAAUGCUUCAAAAAUAGUCACGUUCUUGAUGCAUUACGUGAAAUAGAUGGGAAUGAUUCUGAAGUAACCCCACCUAGUGAUCGAAAACCCCGACAAAGUUUAACAUUUUCUUUAUUAGAACGUGAGUUGGAAAACCCCGGUUCUGUUCAAAGCGAGCCAGGUUUUCGACGCGUUCAAGCUCCAACAACACAACCCCGUCAAUCGGCCCCACCGCAACAAGACGCUUCGAUCUGCAAAGCUUGUGGCCGCCUUAUAAUUGGUGUUUUUGUAAAGGUGCGUGGCAAUCCUAUGCAUGCUGAGUGUUUCAAGUGUAGGCGCUGUGGCAAAAAUUUAAAGAAUGCUGGCUACUUUGUCGUGGAAGAUGAAUUAUACUGUGAAGCUGAUGCUCAGCAAGUUGCAACUCCCCCUCAACCUGGAAUGGUGGCUAGUGCUGUUUACAAAUGA